UGCAAAACUUCCAUAUUUUUUUAAAAAUAAAAUCUAAAAAUUAAACAACCGAUGGUAUCUUAUCUAAGCGCAGAGACAUGUUCUUUGGUAAUUAAAAAUUUACCCAAAUAUUCAUGUUACUAAAAUUAACUAAACAAAUAAAUAUAGUCUCAUCACUAUACUAUUCCCACCUGCAAAUCUCCCCCAUUACAUCCAACUGGACCAACUCCCACUAAACUAAACAUAGUAUCCAAAUCCAAUCCAUCAUCUCUACAACCACCACCUUCGCCAUCCUCCUCCAUGGCCGGCGUUCCGGUGCCGGACGGCGAGCUUCAGAAGCUAAUGAAAAUAACACUCACAAUCAUAGCAUGCAUGUCCUACGCCCGUAUCAUCUCCUCCAAAACCUCACCGGGAUAUCUCCGUCUCACUCUCCUUCUCCCAAUCCUCUCCUCCUUCCUCUCCUCCUUCUCCUUCUCCUCCGUCCACCUCCGUGGCAUCUCCGCCUUCUUCCUCUCCUGGCUUUCUAUCUUCAAGCUCCUCCUCCUCUCCUUCUCUCUCCCUCCUCUUCACCCUUCUCUCCCUCUCCCUAUCUUCAUCGCCACCGCCUCCCUCCCCGUCAAACUCCACUCCUCCUCCUCCUCCAUCUCCACUACUCCUCUUUCCCUCUUCUCCUCCAUCUUCAAGCUUCUCCUUUUCCUUCUUCUCCUCUCUCUCUAUCCCUACAAACAUCUCUUCCCUUCUUACCUUCUUCUCGCUCUCUACUGUUUCCACAUCUACCUCGCUUUAGAGCUGGUCCUAUCCUCCGCCCGCUUCCUCGCCGGAACUCUUCUCGGCCUCGACCUUGAACCCCAGUUCAACGCUCCUUAUUUCUCCACCUCUCUCCGUGACUUCUGGGGUCACCGCUGGAAUCUUAUGGUCACUAGCAUCCUCCGUCCUUCUGUUUACCAUCCCGUUCGCUCUCGGUUUGGCACCGCCGCCGGUGUUCUCGCCGUCUUCUUCGUCUCCGGCGUCAUGCACGAGCUCAUGUUCUAUUACUUGACUUUGUCUUCGCCUACCGGAGAAGUUACGUGUUUUUUUAUUCUUCAUGGGUUUUGCAUGGUGGUUGAGGGUUUGUUUGCUCGCCGGUGGAAAUGGGGUGGUGUUCAUCCGGCGGUGGCGCCGCCGUUAGUGCUUGGCUUUGUGGCUGUCACUGGGUUUUGGCUCUUCUUCCCGCCGAUACUGAGGACGGGAACGGAUGAGAAGACGCUGGAGGAGUGCGCCGCCAUGGUUGCGUUCUUGGAGAAGGGUGGUCGAGCUUUGCUGGAUCGGAUCGGGUUGUUGUUUAAUCGGGUCUGAACCCGUUAACUAUUGACUUUGACUUUGCUUUAAGUGGGUGAUGUGCUGUUCUUUAUUGUUUUCUUUGAACAACCCAUACCCACCCAUUUUUUUUUGCUUUUUGGUU